UGUGAGGCUGGGGAAUUCCUGGAGAUGUCGGCUCAGGAGUGUACUCGGUGUGCAGCGGGAAGCUACUCCCUUGGCAGCGGCAUCCGCUUUGACCAAUGGGAUUCUAUGCCUACUGGAUUCAGUAGCCUGGCAACCUCCCUAGAGAACAGUCCCCGUGGAGAUGAUAGCCUCACCUGCAACAGCUCUUCCUGGGUGCCUCAGGGAAACUACCUGGAGUCGAACAGGGAUGAAUGCACGGUCUCUCUCAUCUAUGCCGUCCACCUUAAGAAGCAGGGAUCUGUCAGCUUUGAGUACCAGUAUCCAGACAACAACCUGUUAUUUGAAUUCUUUAUCCAGAAUGAUCAAUGUCAGGAGAUGGAUCAGACUGCGGAUACGAAGUGGCUCAAGCUCACCAAUCAUGGUGAAUGGGCAACCCAUAUGGUGAACCUGAAAUCUGGUACCAACAUCCUGUAUUGGAGGACUGGUGGUGUUCUGAUGGGGAGCAAAGUGGUCAAGCCUGUUUUGCUGAAAAAUGUCCAGAUAGAAGGAGUUGCCUAUACUUCAGAAUGUUUCCCAUGUAAGCCGGGAACAUUCAGCCGUGUCCCAGGCUCCUCCACGUGUGAAUCCUGUCCUCGGGACACCUUUUCUAGCCAUGGUGCCAGCUCCUGCACCCCUUGUAACACCACCACUCACUAUGCAGCUGACGGAUCAGAUGUGUGUAAGGAAAGACCUCCAUGUUCCAGGAAAGACUACUUCCAGAUCCACACAGCUUGUGAUCAUGAGGGAAAGACCCAGGAAAUAUAUAAGUGGAUGGAGCCAAAGAUCUGUCUUGAGGGUGUGACUGGAGCAGAGACGUUGCCUCCAAGUGGAGAACGAGAACCCUGCCCCCCCUGUAACCCCGGUUUCUAUAACAAUGACACAGCCACCUGCUCACCCUGUCCACCUGGGACCUAUUCUGAUGGGAUGAAACCAUGUAAGCCGUGUCCAGCUGGCACUGAGCCCACCUUGGGUUACGAGUAUAAAUGGUGGAAUGUUCUUCCUGCAAACAUGAAGACCUCCUGUUUCAAUGUGGGCAACUCCAAAUGUGACAGUAUGAACGGCUGGGAGGCGGCUGGUGAUCAUAUCCAAACUGGAGCAGGAAGCUCGGAUAAUGAUUACCUCAUCCUCAACAUCCAUGUUCCUGGCUUCAAGCUCCCUACGUCAAUGUCAAGCCACUCAGGGACAGAGUUUGGACGCAUCACAUUUGAAUUUGAAACUUUGUGCACAGCUGACUGUGAGCUCUACUUUAUGAUGGAUGUAAACAGGAAGAGUACCACAGUGGUGGAGUCAUGGGAGAAAACCAAAACAAGACAGUCCUACACGCAUAUCAUGACAAAGAACGCCUCCCUUUCCUACACAUGGGCUUUCCAGAGGACUAACCAACCUUCAGAUGUGCGUCGAUAUGUUAAUGAUGUGGCACGAAUCUACUCCAUAUCAGUGAGUAACGCUGUAGAUGGAGUGUCGUCUGAAUGCCGAGCUUGUGCCCUCAGCACCCAGCCGUCCAGCUCUAUGUGUGUGCCGUGUCCACCUGGACAUUACAUAGACUCACGCACCAGCCAGUGUAUGGAGUGUCCUCAAAACACACACCUCAUCUCUCACGCCACACCAGGUCUAGAUGCCUGCAGACCCUGUGGACCAGCCAGCAACAGCGACAAGGAUCACAGUUUAUGUUACAGUGACUGUCACUUCACCCACACAGACGGCAAUGUCACUCUGACUUAUGACUUCAGCCCCCUUGGGUCUGUAGGGUUACUGAUGAACGGUCCAAGCUUCACCUCCAAAGGAACCAAGUACUACCACCAGUUCAAUAUCAGCCUGUGUGGAGGACAGGUGAAAAGAUGGAAAUUAUGCAUAGACAACGUAACAGACCUAUCCAUCACCGACUCUCAGAGAGAGAAAGGCGAAGGAGCUAGUGCUGUCAAGACCUUCAUCUGUCAGUCAACAAUAAUCCCAGCUAGUGGACGAGGCUUCCACACAGCACUCUCCUCGCAGUCCAUUAACUUGGCUGAGACAUUUCUUGGAGCAACAGUAGAAAAUACACUUGAUGGAAUAAGGGCAAGAACAGAGCUGUUCCCCCAGACCUCCAAGAAUGUCCCUGAUGUCAACUUCUACUACCGGUCCUUGGAGGCGACCGCGUCUUGUGAGUCAGGUCGAAGCGCAGUGGUGACACUUCGCUGUAACCCAGAGAAGAGCACUAAAGGGGAGCUCUCAGUGCCCAGUCAGUGCCCAGCAGGAACGUGUGAUGGCUGCACCUUUCAUUUCUUAUGGGAGAGCUCAGGAGCCUGUCCUACAUGCACAGAGAGGGAUUACCAUUGGAUAGAGGGAGCCUGCAAGGGAGGACACCAGGAAAUGCUGUAUGUGUGGACUGAACCGAAGCUGUGUAUGGGAGGUGUGUCCUUGCCUGAAAAGAAAACCAUGCCAUGUGAGGGUAUGGAGUUCUGGGUACGGCUUGGUGCGGGGCUGGGAGCUUUCACAGCAGUGCUGCUUGUCUCCCUCACCUGCUACUUUUGGAAAAAGAACAAACGGUUGGAAUAUAAGUACUCCCGGUUGGUGAUGUCUGCCAACAAGGAGUGUGAGAUGCCAGGAGCUGACAGCUGUGCUGUAAUGGAGGGAGAGAACGAGGGAGACAUGGAGGAUGAAGUUGUGUACACGAAACCUUCUCUACUUGGCAAACUCAAAGCCAUAGCAUCGAAGGUGAGAGGAAAUGGAGAGAACUACGAAAACAUGCAGCUCAACUCAUCCCAUUCGAAAGCACUGGUGUGGAGCUAGAGCAAUGGUGACGUCAAUGAGAGUGAGGGGAGAGACCAGACCCUCGAGACUUUCCACCGAAGACCCCUUUAACCAGUGACCCCCUUUAUGAUCUUUGG